AUGGACAAUCAAACUCUGCUUUCAUCAGCCGAAGAAGUUAGAAAUUGGGAUGAAUUGCCUCCUGAUAUUCUGUCUCAUAUAUUUCUGAAAUUAGGGGCUAUUGAUAUCUUAUUUAAUGCGCAGUCAGUCUGUUCAGCAUGGCCAGAAGUUUCCAAAGAGCCUUCGCUGUUUCGUUCUAUAGAAAUUUCUUUAGAUAUGCAGAAUAGGUGGAGACAUGCGGGUUUAUUUGAAGAUCGCCUGUACCAGUUGGAAAAACUGGCAAAAGAAUCAGCAGAUAGGAGCUGUGGCCAGUUGGUUAAGUUUUCUAUGGAGCGUUUUGACAGUGAUGAGCUUUUAGCGUGCAGUGAUUCCUUGAGAUGUCUUCGGCUUGUUUCUUGCGACAAAGUUAGCGAGGAUGCGUUGGUUAACAUGGCCAAGAAAGCCGUCCUGCUGGAGGAACUUGAAAUAUGCCACUGUUCUUUCUCAGCGGAUAUGCUUAAAACUAUCGGGAAAGUAUGGCCUCAGCUAAAAUCAUUCCGUCUCAACCGUCGAGGCUACAGGUUUCCACACAGAGAGCGUGACGACGAGGCACUAGCCAUUGCAGAGAACAUGCCUCAGCUGCGUCGUCUUCAUCUUUUUGGGAAUAAAUUGACCAAUGUGGGGUUGAGGGCCAUUCUCGAUGGCUGCCUGCACCUUGAAUCUCUCGACCUCCGUCAAUGCUUCAACCUUAAUCUUGAAGGGGAUCUACUGAAGAUUUGUGGAGAUACGCCUAUAAAAAUAAGGCUCCCAAAUGACUCUACGAAUUUGAUGAUGCAAUCACAUACGGAUAUUAUGAUUUCUCUGAGAGUGAAUACCAGGAUUUCCUUAACAAAAUUGCAGGCAAUCUUCGAUUCUUUAGGCAUUUAG